AUGGACGACGGAAACGAUGAGCUGUUGGACUUUUUCGAUUUUUCCAAACCCUUCAAACGUAACAUGAUAUCUGGCAUAAUCUCCAAUCGGCCAGGAAUUCCGUUAAAUGUUCAAUCGAUACCGGAACGGGAACUACAUGGCACCGAGUACGCGAAAGAGAUCGUGAAGGUUGAAGAGUCCAGAAUAAUGGCGGAUUGGGCACGCGAACCUAUUCCCAAAACGACAGCCUCACGUAUGGAUGACGUAGAUGAUAUAUCGUCGAUGGCCGAGGUCGAUGAUAACGAGCACUUGAACCACGUACGGGCGAAGGAGCUAAUGGAGCCCAUCUUCAAUAGAUACAACCUCAUGGUGAACCACAACAAACUAACGAUUCAUCACUCAAAGGACCAAAUUUUGAAAGCGAUCCGUGAGAACCCGGUUGUGGUGAUUCAGGGUGCGACAGGAUGCGGUAAAACGACCCAGGUACCGCAGUACCUGCUCGAGGACGCAUACAAUCGGAAGGAAUGGUGCAAUAUCAUUGUCACACAACCGCGUAAAAUUGCCGCCACUUCGAUCGCGCGCCGUGUCGCGGAAGAGCGUUCCUGUGAGCUUGGUUCGCUAGUAGGAUUUAAGGUUGGUCUGAAGGAAAAACUCAGCGGAGAUACGCGCCUACUGUACGUGACGACGGGCGUUCUGCUGAAUAGUUUAAUUUCGUCGAAAUCUCUCAGCCAGUAUACGCACAUCAUUCUGGACGAAGUGCACGAGCGUGAGGCGGACAUGGACUUUCUGCUCAUCAUCGUACGCCGCCUUCUGGCACAGUCACGCCACACAAAGGUCAUCCUGAUGUCAGCCACAAUAGAGUCGGCCGAGUUUGCCCAGUACUUCAAGAUACCGGGGCCGAACAGUCUGUUUGCGCCCCAGCUGGCUGUCACCAACGCUCCGCAGCACGAUGUGACGGUGUUCUAUCUGGAAAACCUGGAAAGGCUAAAGAUCGACUUUGACAUCAAAUACGAACAGCCAGAGGUACAUGACAAGAUGUACUUCGUUGCGGCUAAAGUGGCGAUCGUGUGCGAUCGCUAUAUAGACGAAUGCGAAACGGAGUCAAACAUAGAUUACAAACCUUCGAUCAUUAUGUUCCUACCGGGGAUCAACGAAAUCGAAAGGAUGGCGGACGUGUUGCGUAAUUUCGUAGGUGACAGCAAUCCGAACUUUCUGCAGACAAAGUUUACGGUGCUGAAGCUACAUUCGUCGCUUCCUUCGGAAGAGCAGGCACUGGUAUUUCGCAAACCACCACCGGGAUAUCGGAAAGUUAUCCUGUCCACGAACAUUGCUGAAAGUUCGAUCACUAUACCGGACGUGAAAUUCGUGAUCGACUUCUGUCUGCAUCGUUUGCUGGUGGCCGACACAUUGAACAACUUUACUACACUGCGUACACAGUGGGCCUCGCGAAACAACUGCAUACAGCGGGCUGGCCGUGCGGGUCGCGUGAUGAACGGUCGCGUCUACCGCCUGGUGAAUAAAUACUUUUACGAGAAUGGAAUGGCCCAAUCGCCCGAACCGGAAAUGGUGCGCUGUCCACUUGGCUCCGUUGUGCUGAAAACCAAGAUACUGGACAUGGGACCACCGCACACAAUACUCGCCCUAGCCAUGUCACCGCCGAACCUAUCCGACGUAUCGAACACGGUGCUGCAGUUGAAGGAGGUCGGUGCAUUGCUGCGCACCGCCAAGGGCGUGUACGACGUGCAGGACGGUGAUAUAACAUAUCUAGGACAGUUAAUGUCCCAGUUACCGCUGGACAUACAUCUGGCGAAGCUUGUCGUACUGGGCUACGUAUUUUCGGUCCUCGAGGAAUCCAUCAUCAUUGCGGCUGGCAUGAACGUGCAGAACAUGUUUUGUUCGAUGCGGACGGUCGAAGCGCUGCGCAUUAAGCGCUACUUUGCAAACGGCUCCGCCUCGGACGGUAUUGCGAUCCUAAACGCGUAUAAUUGGUGGCGAUCGGUGAAGGAACAGGGCACGGGUGGCGAUACGGUCGGCUGGUGUCAGCGGUACAUGCUAGAUCUGAAAUCGCUCACCGAGAUGGCAGAGUUGGUGCAGGAAAUAACGUUUCGGCUGAAGAACUCGAACAUACGUGUUGUGGCCGGUGCGCGUAAUGCGCGCUGGAACGAUCGCGAACGAACGGUCGUGACGAAGGUGGUGAUGGCUGGUGCGUUCUAUCCCAACUACUUUUUGCCGGUGUCGUCGAACGAGAGCGAGCUGGGCGAUCGGUCGGUGUACACGGAGAUUGGUGGCCGAAAUCCGUUCCGGACGGUGUUCUUCUGUGGGUUUGACCAUGCGAACUAUAUCGGACCGCUGUACCGAAACGACAUCCGUGCGUUGCUGACCGAGCGGAAACACGAUCCGGAGCGAGAAUCGCUCAUAAAGAUUGAUUUCGAGCGGAGCACCAAUAAAAUAUUCGUGCAGUAUGAGUACCCACCCGAUGUUCAGCCCGGCCAGAGCUUGUACGACGAGCGCAACCUGAUGGACCGUAUCCAUCCGGGCGUGUACGAAGCGAUCAAGCUGCGCCAGGUGCGCCGCAGCCAGUCGGAGCUAUUGGUGAUGCACCACAGUGAUGCUGUUCGUUUUGCGACGCAGAACAAUCUCGGCGCUUGGAAGAACAACCAAUGGCACCCGCGCAACAUCGAGAUCCCGAACAUGGAACUGUCGGUCGAGCCGCCUAUCUACUGCAGGCAGCUAAUUGCCACCGUUACGCACGUGCAUCAUCCAAACAAAUUUUACCUCCGUCCGAAUGACAACCAUCACGUAUACGCCGAUAUCGAACACAAGCUGAGCCAAAGCGUUCCAAUUUUGCGCCCUUUCCCGCCCGAACAUGUGUUUAAACCGCGCGACAUAGUGGCUGCUCCGUUGCCGCAUCUAGCCCUGAGAACGAUUGGACGCGCAAAGUUGCUGAGAGAGCGCAUCAUUCGUGGAGUCGUGAAUUGGGCGGUAUUCUUCAUGGAUUUUGGCUGCACGGCCAUCAUCUCGGUAGCGAACUUUCGCCAACUGCAAGGCACAACGUUGGACACGAUCACGAAAAUUCCCGACCGUGUGUUCGAGGCGUCGUUGGCGGAGGUACAACCAUCGGCGAUGCGAUCGCCCAAAGAUGUUUGGACGGAGGACACGAUUGCACACUUCCGGCAGCUCGUGCUGGGCAAGCGGUUGCAUGUGGAGGUGUACUCCGUCGUGAACCGGGUGUCGAUGGUUGUGUUGCGCCGUGCACCAAAUGAAUCCACCGAGCAGACCAUUAACAAGGAGCUGAUCGCGUCCCAUCACGCGCAAGAGUCGGAAGAAUCGUACGUCUCGAAGAUGGACCAUGAGAAGCGGCUGCGUGUGCAGAGCGACAUGGCGAUGGAUCCGAUGUACGCGGCGCAGAUACGGAACGAUCACUCCGAGCAGCAGUGCUAUCUGGAGGACGAUGAUCCAGCAGUUUUGAAGUUGCCACGGGACAUGCUGAAGGUGCGACUAAUGCUACGUGGUCCUUACAGCCCGCUGGAGAUCAAGUGCAGUUCGACGGUGUUUUCCGGGUACCGGAAGCGUGUCAACAUCGAGAACGGCUCACUGAACUCGGUGCUGCUUGACACGCACCCGCAGAACCCGCACAGCAAGCUGAUGGUGGCGGGCUGUGUUAACGAAUCAUCCGGCAAUACGUUGAUAGCGCGGUUAACCACUAUGAUGCCGAACAUUCCCGGUCUUCCGGUGCUGAUGGCGCUCAUCUUUGCGCCCACCUGUCUGCUGAAGAAGGAUGCGGAUGAAACGCGUGUGGUUGGUGUGCUGGCUGGGUUGGGAGUGGAUCCACGUACGGGCGCAUCCCUUUAUCCGGAACAUGAUAUGUCACUGGCGGUGGACAUUAGACUCGACGAGGAGGAUUUGGGAGAUAUCAAUGCAUUGCGUUAUACGAUGGAUUCCAUCCUGCACAGUGGACACAACGAACAAACGCAACUGUUUGGCGAGUACAGCAUCGAGUCGCUGAUGGGCAAAGUGAAAGAAUACAUAAUCAAAAUCCUCCAACGCGAACGAACUGUCCAGGAUAAUCGCAGUAUGGCACAUGAUUUUAGUUGGAACACGGGUGCCAAUGCGGCUAGUUCAAGCCGAAAGAAAUCUCAGAAUGCGUCGAUCGAUAUCUACACCAAGGCUAUUUUUCCACUGUACGACAAGCUGAACCUUCGUCCUUUGCCGGCCAGUCGAAUGGAGUACCUGCGAAAGCAUUGCGCGGAGUUGCAUUUGAUAACAGAAUCGCGAGUGUCGUUACCGAAAGGUGGCAUAUUGUGUCAGCUUUGCAAUGUGAACCUAGAAUCAGAGCACGCCUUACGGAUUCACUUCUGCUCCAAGUUGCAUCGUGAGCUGGAAAACCAGAUCCACUUCCGACGUUGA